AUAACCUCAAUAUCGAAUUUUCGAACGAAUUGAUUAAAUUCCAAACACUUGGUUUCAUUGGUCAAAUUUGGUAAACGUGCUGUUUUUUUAAUUAAAUAAAUUAUUAAUUAAAAUAUUGCAAAUAUCCCAUUUAAACUGUGCCGGUAAUCAACUAAUUGGUUAUCACUUUUGACCUACUUUCUGUUAAGCAUAGCACGUUUAUUUAAUUCGGCUUCUAACAGCAUCUGAAGGACGCCUUCUUUCUUGCCUUGGCCUAAAUAUUCUACAGGUUUAACUUAAUUUAGUAAAAUUUGUUCAGUAAACAUGAAGGACGUCAUAGAUGUAAUGGAACUCCAAAGGGAAAAAUCCAGGAAAAAAUCAAUAGACUACAGACAGCACAACUUCCUCAACGGCUUCACCCCUGCCCUAUUCAUCUUCGAAUGUGGCAAAAAGCUUAAUGCCCAACCUUUAACUCUUGCCACUGCCGCUGUCGUUAUGCACAGGUUCUUUAAAGAGGUUGAUCACUCGGGAUAUGAUUCUUUUCUUAUAGCCUCUUCAUCCCUCUAUUUGGCUGGAAAAGUGAAAGAUGACCCCCUGAAGAUCAGGGAUAUUAUAAAUGUGGCCCACAACACUUUACAUAGGGGCUCCAGUCCUCUAGAAAUAGGCGACGAGUACUGGAACAUGAGAGAUGCCAUAGUGCAAGCUGAACUUUUGAUUAUGAGAGUGUUAAAGUUCGAGGUUGGCACUGUGCACCCCCAUAAGUACAUGCUGCAUUAUUUAAAGAGCAUGGAAGGAUGGUUGGGAAAAGAAACAUGGGAAAAGAUCCCUAUAGCCCGUCUAGCAGCGUCGUUCCUGCAGGACUUCCAUUUGGACCCGGCGGUCUUGGACUAUUCACCUCAACACAUAGCCGUGGCCUGUAUUUCUUUGGCUCUCCAGUGUUAUGGGGUGCAAUUACCAUUGAUGGACGAUUUGGACGAUGAGGCAUGGUAUUCGGUUUUCGUCAAGGAUUUGCAAAAGGAUAAACACUGGGAAAUCAUGGAGAAAAUUAUGGAGGUGUUUAAUAGAGAAGACAGUCUUUGAGCGGAUGUGAUUCAGGUACGGGAAGGGUUCUCUAUGUUACAUUGCCAUAAAAGGAAAUCAUCAAAUUCACAACUUAAAUUUUUUUUUUUUUUACUGUAAAUUCUUUUAUUUUUUUCACUGGCUAGAUAUAUAUACUGUAGUGGAAAAAAGUAUGGAAACUUCUUAAGAUGAUGAGUAUAUUUGCCCUGUUAUAUGAGUUAAAAUCAAAAUGUAAACAAAAAUUUUUUUUGGGUUUUUGCUGUUAAAUAAUUAAGGAAUUUUCAAGUAAAGGUUGUAAAUCAGUAUGGAAACUUGUUUAAAAAAAAAACAUAAUGAUAAGCACUUUUUUAGUAUUUUGUAAAAUAGCAUCUAAGACUGCCUGGCAUCUAUGGCAGGGUCUAUGACUCUAUGAUUAACCAAUUUUUGGAGAGUUUCUAGGGGUAUCUGCGACCACUCUAGUUUCAUAAUAUUAAACAAUUGUCGUUGAUUUUUAGCAUCAGAAUGUCCUGUGAAUCUGGACGUCCCCAAAAUGUUCAAUGGGAUUUCAGUCUAGGCAUUGAGACGGCCAUUUAAGUCCAGUUAUGUUUUUCUCGUAAAACCUAGCUUAGAAGAAAGUUUCAGAUCAUUGUCCUGUGUAAAAAUUCACCUCGAUAUCAUUUUCCGCAAAUGGUAGCAUUGUAUUUUCCACUUUAUUAUUUCUUUGUAUUAAAAGUAGUCUAUUUUACCUUGUACUUGAAUGAUUAGGCCUGUGAUUAAGAGAAACAUGCUCAGACCACUAUAUUGCCUCCUCCAUGUUUCACAGUAGGAAUUCGCUACUUUAUUUGGAAUUUUGCAUCUGUCAGGCACAGUUUAUCACUUCACAGGAAGGUAUUUUAUUUUUCUUAGAUAAAUCGGCUUUUUAAAAGCGACUCUUAAAAUAUAAAAACCUUAAUCAAGUAUAUGGUUUCUUAUAGUUCUACUGGGCAUGUUAACACCAAAUUCCUCUGAAAUUUUUAUAAUUAGGCUGAAAGUUUUUCUGGGGUCAAGUUUUGGAAAAUUAAAUAGUUUUGUCAAUUCGAAGUACUUUGAUUUGAUCUUCUGAAUUUAGAUAUUCUUCAAUCAACGAUUUAUUUCUUCUCAAUCUACAACUUUUUGUUUUAAAUCACAUAAAAUAAAUUCGUUAACACGAUUUUGCUCUGUAAGACUAAGAGAGAAUUUUUUAAAGCCUAGAAUAUAAUUAGUUUCCAUACUGUCUAAUGUAAAAAAAAAAACAUAAAUUAUAUUUCUUUUGAAUUCUUGACCUCAAUAAUAUGGAUGUACAUCAGUGGCAAACUUAUUGUUUAUUCAUAUGAACAUUAUUAAAAGUUUCAAUACUUUUUUUCACUACCGUAAAGGUCCAAUCUGACUCUCUAAACUUAUCUUUUGUUAAUUUUUAAUAAUAUUGAAAUUCUCUUAUUCAGUGAUCAUGAACAGUAGUGAACCUCCCUUUGCCUUUUCGAGCCAUAACUUCUCAGACAGGUCUCAAUUCAUUUCUUUAUGUAUGGAAAAAAAAUUGGUUGAUCUGACUCAAUUAUUAUACAAAUUUGUAUUGACUGAAAAUGCAGUUAGAUAUAAUUUCUUUUUUUUUUUUGGAGACCUGCUAUAAAGGUAUGUUUCUAUUGACUUACAAAUUAGUAUUAGUACUUAGCUUUUAUGUUAAAAAUAAUAAAAUAAGUAUUUUUAGGGCAGGGAUUGUAUUGUUUUUUUUUACAAUAAAUACUAUAUGCAUA